GCGCUGAUUAGCUCGUCGGAAGGUAGACUUGCGAGCGGUGCCGAGACUCCUCUCAAUCCCAGCAAAACAGCUGACACGGUCGGAUACCGAACGGCUAACUCCCCGGCGCGGAUUCGAACUGCGGGGGGAGUUAUUUCGGACGUGCGUGGAAAUGCUGGGAAUUAGGUAAAAAAGUUUAGCUUGACGGAGGAGUGGGAGCGAGAAGAAGAUUCGAUCUUCAAGUUGGUGUGAUUGACUUUCUUCUUUUGGCGUGGUGAUGUCUUGAUGUCGGUGGCCUCUACAGCCCAGUGAAGGAGGUGCCUGACAGCUGCUAAUGGGCACUCCUGCUCCGCCAUGAGUGUUCGCGAUGGCGUUGGCGGCAUGGGCACUCUGGGACGGCGGCAGCGCUUUGAGGAUUCAGAUUUCACCGUGCGCGUCUACCCGGGCGCCCUGGCGGAAGGCACGAUCUACUGCCCGAUCAGUGCCCGAAAGACCACCUCAGCUGCUGAGACCAUCGAACAUGUCAUCGAUCGCCUCCGGCUGGACCGUACCAAGUGUUAUGUCCUGGCAGAGGUGAAAGAGUUUGGUGGAGAAGAAUGGAUCCUCACCCCCAGCGACUGCCCUGUGCAGAGGAUGCUGCUCUGGCCCCGUGUGGCUUUGGAGCAUCGCUCGGCAUCUGGAGGCGAGGAUUACCGCUUCCUUUUACGGCUGAAGAACCUGGACGGUUCCAUUCAUUACGGUGGCAGCCUACAGAUGUGGCUGCAGGUCACGGAGGAGCGCAGGCGCAUGGUGGAACGUGGACUACUGCCGCAACCCGAAUCCCAAGGUGACCACGCUGAUCUAUGCUGCCUGCCGGAGCUCAAUGAGCGCUCGCUGCUGGACAACCUGCGCUCACGCUUCCGCCAGGAGAAAAUCUACACAUACGUCGGGAGCAUCCUCAUCGUUAUUAACCCCUUCAAGUUCCUGCCUAUUUACAAUCCCAAAUAUGUGAAGAUGUAUGACAAUCACUCACUGGGAGACUUAGAGCCUCACAUCUACGCAGUGGCUGAUGUUGCUUACCAUGCCAUGCUGCAGAGACAGACGAAUCAGUGCAUUGUGAUAUCUGGGGAAAGUGGCUCUGGCAAGACGCAAAGCACAAACUUUCUUAUCCAUCAUCUGACCGCUCUCAGCCAGAAAGGUUUUGCCAGUGGAGUGGAGCAGAUAAUCUUAGGUGCCGGGCCGGUGUUAGAGGCGUUUGGCAAUGCAAAGACAGCCCACAAUAACAACUCGAGCCGCUUUGGCAAAUUCAUCCAGGUCAACUACCAGGAGAGUGGGACUGUGAGAGGAGCAUAUGUGGAGAAGUACCUAUUGGAGAAGUCCAGGCUAGUUUAUCAGGAACACAAUGAGCGAAACUACCACGUGUUUUACUACCUGCUGGCAGGAACAAGUGAAGAAGAGAGGACAGCUUUUCACCUCAUGAAGCCUGAAGAUUACCAUUACCUCAGUCAGAUGACAAAGAGAACCCACCGACUGCACUGGGACAGUUACUGCGAGAGCGAAGCGGACUGCUUCACGGUUGAAGGAGAGGAUCUGAAGCACGACUUUGAGAGGCUUCAGCUGGGGAUGGAGAUGGUGGGCUUUCUUCCUGUCACACGAAAACAGAUCUUCUCGUUGCUGUCUGCCAUCCUCCACCUGGGCAACAUUCGCUACAAGAGGAAAACCUACAGGGACGACUCUAUUGACAUCUGUAACCCGGAGGUGCUGCCUGUGGUCUCCGAACUCCUGGAGGUCAAAGAGGAGAUGCUUUUUGAAGCUCUGACAACGCGCAAGACCAUCACUGUGGGCGAGAAGCUGAUUGUCCCUUACAAACUGUCAGAGGCGGGUACAGUGAGGGACUCCAUGGCUAAGUCGCUGUACAGUGCGCUGUUUGACUGGAUUGUCUUCAGGAUCAACCAUGCUCUGCUCAACAUCAAGGACCUGGAAGAGCCAGCCAAGAUCUUGUCCAUCGGAGUGUUGGACAUUUUUGGUUUUGAGGACUAUGAGAACAACAGCUUCGAGCAGUUCUGCAUCAACUUUGCAAAUGAACGUCUUCAGCAUUACUUCAAUCAGCACACCUUCAAGCUGGAACAGGAGGAAUACAGGGCGGAGGGCAUCAGCUGGAGAAAUAUCGAAUACAUAGACAAUACAGGCUGCAUCAGUCUCAUCAGUAAGAAGCCCACCGCUCUCUUCCACCUGCUGGAUGAAGAGUGCAACUUCCCACAAGCCACCAACCAGACGUUAUUGGAUAAAUUCAAGCGGCAGCAUGAGGGCAAUAGCUACAUCGAGUUCCCUGCAGUCAUGGAGCCUGCUUUCAUCAUCCGACACUAUGCUGGCAAGGUCAAGUACGGUGUCAAGGACUUUAGGGAGAAGAACACAGACCACAUGCGGCCAGAUAUUGUGGCGCUGCUGAAGAGCAGUAAAAAUGCCUUCAUCUGCAGUCUGAUUGGCAUCGAUCCAUCAGCCACCUUCCGCUGGGCAGUACUCCGGGCCUACUUUCGAGCCCUAGUGGCUUUCAGACAGGCUGGAAAGAGGCACACCCACAAGAAGACUGGGCAUGAUGAAGCUGCUCCCUGUGCAGUUUUGAAAAGUGUGGAUAGUUUUAGCUUUCUGCAGCACCCUGUGCAUCAAAGAAGCUUAGAGAUCCUGCAGAGAUGCAAAGAGGAGAAGCACACUCCCGAUGAGAGUGAAAAUGUACAAAUUGACGAAACUGAAAACGGUGUGAGCAGAAGGAGUCCUCGUUCACCGUUGUCAGACCUUCAGGGGAGCAACACCAUCAAUGAGAAAUCUCCUCGGGGUUCACCAGGCCCUGGCUGGAACGGGCGUGUUGGUCGUCAGCGCCGCUUAUCAUCCAGCAGCUCCACAGCUGACGAAGAUGGCGUCUUUCUCAACUCCGCCAGCAGCAAACUUCUAGAGCGAGCCCAUGACAUCCUUAUGAGGAACAAAAACUACAAAGCCAAGCCACUUCUUCCAAAGCACUUAUUGAAUGUCAAGUCACUGAAGUACCUCAGCAACCUGACGCUUCAUGACCGUAUCACCAAGUCGCUGCUUCAUCUCCACAAGAAGAAGAAACCACCCAGUAUCAGUGCCCAGUUUCAGGCCUCUCUCAAUAAGCUCAUGGAGACCCUGGGUCAGUCGGAGCCUUAUUUUGUCAAGUGCAUCCGUUCCAAUGCUGAGAAGCUGCCCUUGCGGUUUAAUGACAACCUGGUGCUGAGGCAGCUGCGCUAUACAGGUAUGCUGGAGACCGUGCGCAUCCGGCAAUCAGGCUACAACGUCAAGUACAGCUUUAAGGAUUUUGUGCAUCACUUCUCUGUGCUGCUCCCAGAGAGCACUACUACUGCCAGGGAGGCCAUCCAGCACUGGCUGGACCAGCUGGAUCUGGCGCCAGAUGGCUACCAAGUUGGCAAGACUAUGGUGUUUCUGCGUGAGUCAGAGCGUCAGCAGCUGCAGGCCUUCCUCCACGGUGAAGUUCUCCGGCUCAUCGUCAUGCUGCAGCAGAGAUUCAGAUCCCGACUGGAGAGGAAGCAGUUUGUCAGGAUGAGAGAAGCGGCAAUUUGCAUCCAGAGAUGGUGGCGGUUGUACCGACCCACAGAAAACGUGGAAAACCAAAUAGACCAGAACACCCAUCAGGAGGCAGCACUGUGCCUGCAGACCCACUGGAGGGGCUACCGUGAACGUCAGAAGUUUAGGUUGUGGAAAGAGGCGGCACUGGUCCUUCAGAGGGCAUGGCGACUGUGGCUCUGUCGGCGCUGCACGGCAACUCUGGCCAUUCAGACAGCCUGGCGCUGUCAUCGAGCCAGAGAAGACUAUUUGCGUCUUUAUGCUGCUGUGAUGCAACUACAGGCUUUAGGCCGAGGCUACCUGGCACGAGAGGGUGUCAAAGUAUUGAGAGAACAGAAGCUGAAGGAGAAGCUGCUUCAGCGACAGAAUGGACAGGUGGACUUUUUGCCAGAGGACGACGCCCCUGAGCGAGUCACAGUUGUGGAUCCCCGCACCUGUGAAGACCCCUUUUGUGAAGAAGGUGAAAGUACUGUCAGUAUUCUCAGCCGCAUUGAUGGGGAGUUGAAGGAGGAAGGCACCUCAGAGGCACCUCCCUCUGUCGCCACCUCUGCAGUGGUGGUGCGAGAGAAGAUCAGAGCUGCAGAUGAGCUCAGUCAGAAAGCCACUCGGGCCAAGAGAGAGAGCCGGCGAAUGCGAGAGCUCGAACAAGCCAAAUUCAGCCUGGAGCUCCUGAAAGUCCGUUCCACCUGUAGUGGAAACUCCCCUCCUUCUGAAGAAAUGUGCUCGUCUGUUGAACUGGUACCGACUCCUCCUCUCUGUUCACCACAAGGCACUCCUGACAGCCAGAGCUCCAAAGGCAGCUUUGAGCUUUUAAGUAUUGAAGAUGCUCCCAAAGCUACAGAGGAGGUGACGGACAGUGACGACCUGUGCUCCCCUACUGGUUCAGUCACGCUGCCAGAGUCAAGUAUAGAGGCUCUCUCUUUAAACCCAAAGACAGAAGAUCUGAACGGGGUGCGGACUUCAGAGCCUGCACUCUCCUCCACACAUCCGCCCAAACUCCAAAACUACCUCCCGACCUUUUACGUCCCUUCUUGUGAAAGCAGCACUGCCGCUUCCUGUCUUCCUCCUGGGGAGCCAGUAGAAAACACAGAGAUCGUUGUCUCCACAACUACGACAAUCAAACCUCUCAAGGAACGGCAUGACUCAACACGUCGGCCAGUAGUGGUGCUCAUCAGUAUGCAGAAAGAAACUCCAUUAAGCGAAGAGCUGAGCGAGCUGGUCAAGGUUCAUGACUUGAGACAAGCCCCGACUUCUCUGCCUCGUGCCCUCCCGCAAGCUGACCAAGUGGUCUUGGAGAAGCUGGUGCGGCUGAAUGAAGAGAAGAAGGUGAGGCAGCGUAAUCAGCAACAGCAGAAUGAGAGGGAGAUGAUGGAGCAGAUAAGACAACAGAAAGAAGCGCUGGAACGUCAGCGUCUUUUCUUUGCUCAGUUUGAGAAAGAUAUGUUUGAGAAACAGAGAGGAGAGGCUCUUCAGAAGAUUCAGCAGAGCCGACAUGGUGGACCUGCUGCCUCCGGUAGAACACCCAGACCCAACUCUCUGUUCAUUGAGAGAACAUCCGGGCCAGUUCCUCAUGGCAGAACGCAGUCGGAUUCCUCAGUAACAUCGGUACACUCCCCAAAAGCGGGGCGUACUCACAGCAGUGCCCCUAAAGCCCAGGUACUUCCUCCUCCACCUGCUACUGCCCACAUAGAACGGCGUAAGGAAAGCAAACCUGUUCCUGAAGGUUGGGCCCCCAAACUCACCCUGGAGUCAAAAGAUGGCACGACCAGAGUAAGACCAGCUUCCAAAAAGGUGCAACGCAGUCAAGACUCGACAGUUGGUCUGUCAGGCAAGCCAGGAAACAUAUUCUUCUCACCCAAGGACAAAGUAACCUUUGUCAAAUUCGACAGCAACAAAAACACCAAAGAGGCGCCCCAGGCCAUUCCCACAGAGGGACCCUUAUAUGCCUCCAGACUGCCUAAAGGAGCAAAAACACGAGAUGUUGGCAGAGCGGGCCAAAAAAAGAAAGCCCGAAUGUCACGGACUCGCUCCGACUUCCUCACCCGCGCCCCCAUCCUUUCUGUCGGGGGCGAUUCCGACGAGGAUGAUUAUGACGGCACCGGCCCCCAACAUUCCCCUGUAGCCCUCUUCAAGCAGAGCUCCACCGAUGAAGGCUUAGGAGGCUCCUGUUUCAGUGACUCCGACAUGCCCUCAGGCUCAGAGGAAAGAAAGAAUCUGCACAAAGUUUUGUCAUCGGGAGAUUUGGAAAAAAAAGCGGACUCCUUGCGCAAGAACUCCCAGGACGGAAGAGUUCGUGGGAAGAUGCGUUUCUGGGGCAAGACCAAGCACAGUGAUAAGAAGAGAGAGAAGCUGAUGUGUGUGGAUUCUUUGGACGGAGAGGAUGGGGACACCGGGCCCUUGCUGAGAGAAGGUCAAGAAAACCUGUCGCCGCGCUGCAGUCCAGACCUGACAUUGGAGCGUGGCUACAGAGACUUGAAAGAGAACAAGGAACCGUCUCCCAAAGUGAAGCGAAGGCGGAGCGUAAAGAUCAGCAAUGUGGCGUUGGAGCCCACUCAGUGUCAAAAUGACGCCCUGCAGAUCCUCACCUGCAUCAACGACUACAGGAGCAUGAAUGACUUCCUCAUGAAAAAGAUCAGUGACUUGGACACGGAGGACAGCAAAAAGGACACCAUGGUGGACGUUGUGUUCAAAAAAGCUCUGAAAGAGUUCCGUUUGAACAUCUUCAACUCCUACUCCACAGCACUGGCGAUGGACUACGGUAAGAGCAUCCGCUACAAAGACCUCUACGCUUUGUUCGAGCAAAUCCUGGAGAAGACCAUGCGGCAGGAGCAGAGGGUCUGGAGCGAGUCUCCAGUCAAAGUUUGGGUCAACACCUUUAAGGUGUUCUUAGAUGAGUUCAGGACAGAGUAUAAACCUUUGGAUAGCACUCUUAGUAAGCAACCUAAACCUGAACGCAAAAAGCGAAGGAAGAAGGAUGCAGACAUUGUGGAGGAACAUAAUGGUCACAUCUUCAAAUCCACCCAGUACAGCAUCCCCACAUACUGUGAAUACUGCUCAUCUCUCAUAUGGAUGAUGGACCGUGCUUGUGUUUGCAAAUUGUGCCGGUACGCCUGCCACAGAAAGUGCUGCCAAAAGACGACCAGCAAAUGCAGUAAGAAGUUCGACCCAGAGCUUUCGCCCAAACAAUUUGGUGUUGAGGUGUCCCGUCUGACAAAUGACGAGCGAACAGUGCCCCUGGUGGUGGAGAGGCUCAUCAACUACAUCGAAAUGCACGGUCUCUACACCGAAGGAAUUUAUCGUAAAUCGGGCUCCACCAAUAAAAUCAAAGAACUCAAGCAUGGACUUGACACAGAUGUGGAGAGCAUGAAUCUGGACGACUACAACAUCCAUGUGAUAGCUAGUGUCUUGAAGCAGUGGCUCCGAGACCUGCCGAGUCCUCUGAUGACGUUUGAGCUGUAUGGGGAGUUUAUACGGGCUAUGGCUCUGCAAGAUAGGAAAGAAAUGAUCAGAGGGGUGUAUUCAAUCGUUGACCAGCUAAGCAGAACUCACCUGAAUACCCUCGAGCGGCUCAUAUUUCAUCUGGUCAGGAUUGCUUUGCAAGAGGAGACCAACCGUAUGUCAGCUAAUGCCUUGGCCAUAGUUUUUGCUCCGUGUAUCCUGCGCUGUCCGGACUCUAUUGACCCUCUUCAGAGCGUCCAGGACAUCAGCAAGACCACAGCGUGUGUUGAGCUCAUCCUAGGUGAGCAGAUGACAAAGUACAAAGUGCGACUGAAGGAUAUUAACACCUUGGAGUUUGCUGAGAAUAAGGCCAAGUGCAGACUAACCUUCCUUCGAAGGUCAAUGUUAAAUGCGAAUAAAAAGGGAAAAGGCCCCUUUCGUAAACUGAGCUUCCACUCGCCAUCCCCGCCUGUGAGUCCACGCCUACCGCCUUUGACAGACGCCGUGAAAGUGGAGAGCGAGGGGGAAGAGGGAGCAGAGUCGAUACCGGAAAUAUUGGAGUGUCAGCACGCAGCCAUGCAGCGGGAAGAGAAAGUGCUGACAGAGCAAAUUGAAAACCUGCAAAAAGAGAAAGAGGAGUUGACUUUCGAGAUGCUGACUCUGGAGCCGCGAGCAUCGGACGAUGAGACCCUGGAGUCCGAGGCCUCUAUCGGCACAGGUGACAGCUCCGAAAACCUCAACGUGGAAUCUGAAGGGACCGUUUCGGACUUCUCUGAGAGAGGUCCUGUAUUGACUUCCCCCUGGUCCCGGAGAUCUGACGUGAAGAGCCCGCGCCAACGCACCCUCAGACGGCAACACGACUCCUCGGAUUCGGUGGACUCUUGCUCCGCCGUUCCUGCCUUCUCCACCUCGUCGCACUUCCAGCUGUCGCCCUCCCCCAUCGCCAACACCACCCGAGGCUUCCGCUUCCACUCCACUUCCAGGUCCCUCUCCUCCUCCUCCAGCUCAGGUGCGGCCCACUCCCAGAACGCAUCCCUGGCGUCCUGCUCUGACAGUUUCAGCCUCAGCCCCACGGCGGAGCUGGAGGGCGCGUUUGACGAGAGGCCGCAGUUCACCAGCCGUGGCACCUACAACCAGGAGAAAGGCAAACAGAAACUCAGGGGGGGCAGGCAUAUAUCCCAGAGGCUCGCCAGAGAAGUUGGGGACCACGGCAGGGAGCCCCCAGAUUUACAGCAGCAGCUUGUGUUGUACGGCAGUAAUGAAUUCAUGGUCUGAAGAAAGCACUCCCACUUAUUAGCCUUUCGAACUCCUCAAGAAUUGUCCCCAAGUGCCGUGAAAAGCAUUUUUCCACCGAGCUGCUCAGAGGAAGAGCACAGCGUCCACCCAAGCUCUCACAGUGCCUUGGCAGCUCCCAACUCGGCACCCAAGAGGCGACGCACUGAUCCGGAGGCCAGAGCGAAGGGAAUGUUGGAAUAUGCAAACGACUACAGCAUCAGGGAAUGUUCCGGAACGAGAACGCUGCAAAAAAGAAGAAAGAGCUGAUGUCGUAUGGAAGCUAAAUCUCACAAUUAGUAGCUGCUUUAUGAGUUUACAGUUCAUACCAAUCAUUAUAAAAUGUGGUUGCUCUAUUAUAUGUAUUUAAUGUUUCUUUUUGGAUGUCACAGAAAUGCAUAUUCGCUCAUUAUAUACAGCUAUAAAUACUGUACAAAGCCGGAACACCAGCUUGUGCUGGGUAGUUGAAGUCAAAUAUUUAAUAUUACUUCUUUUUUUUGUUUUUUUUUUGCCAUAUCUUGGACAAAGAGUACAGAUUCUGGGAAUGGAGGCUUUAUUUGUUUGUUCAUAUGCCAAGUGCUCACGAGAGGCUACAUACGCGUAUUAUUGUGCGAAUGAAACACUAAUUGUCCCCACUACAAGGGAGAUACCACCGUCAAAAGGGACCAAGUUAUCUGGUGUGUAUUCCUGCCAAUGGGACCUGUGCAUUGCAAACAGAUGUGUAUAAAAUUGUUGCAUUAACUAUUUAACAGCCAUACAGCCACUGUAAUGUACAGUACAGUCCAUAUGUACAGGAUAGUGAAAUAAAAUGCCAUCUUAUUGAAA